AAAAAAAAACCAAAGCAUCAUCGUCCCCUUCACUUAUCUCCUGCAUGUAUGCCUCCUCUCCUGGUGUUUUGUGUUAUUUAUUUCCUGAAAGUGUGAUUAAGUGGAAGAUUCUGGAGGUGGUUGGUUGAUGGUAGAAAUAAUCUCCUCAGGCUCAGAGCUUUUCCAACACCUGUACUUGCUCUUCAUUACCCACCUCAACCCCAUAACCAUCAUCUUUGCCUUCCAUUCGUCAUCCUCCUCAUUGGCCAUUUCCUCACAAUCCCCUAUGUUCUUUCAUCAAUGCUUUAAACUUUUCUUUAAUCUUAGUGAUACCAUGAAUGCACUAUGUACAAAUGUCACACCCUGUAUUCACCAAAUCUUUGCUAAAUAUAGGAAAAACCUUUUCCCUAGAACACCCAAUUGCCGAUCGAUAAGAGUUGCCCGAAAAAGAAGCCCUAACCCUAAAAACUGAACUGAAUGGAGAGAAACGAGGCCUGUGCUUUGAGGGCAUUUGCUGGUUUCGAUAUCGGACUCGGGAUCAAUUUUGGUGGAGUCCAGGACAACACCUACAAAACCAAGAAACCUGCUGCUGCUGCUGCUGCUGCUGCUACUGCUACUGCUACUGACAGGGAUCUGGUCGCUGCUGCUCGUUUCGACUUCCUUAAGAAGAAACGGAUGCCCAGGUUCAGGCGUGGUGCUUCCGCCGCACUCCGCUCCUUUCGUCCCUUCACCACUCCUCUCUCCUCAACUGUAUCUUCCUCAUCUUUUGUUGGUCCAAUUGUUGAUCAGGGAAGGCUGACAUUUCUCUUCAGCAAGAAGCUGCAAAAAAGUGACGUAGGUGUGCUUAAAAGAAUUGUUCUGCCAAAGAAACCAGCAGAAACACACCUACCUGCUCUGAUUGCCAAGGAAGGUAUCAUUUUGGAGAUGGAUGACAUGGAUGGCAUGCAUGUGUGGUGUUUCAAGUUUAGGUUCUGGCCAAAUAACAACAGCCGCAUGUAUGUCCUUGAGGGCACUGGGGAAUUUGCCGAGGAACAUGAACUGCAACUAGGUGAUUAUAUAAUGUUGUAUCGAGAUUCAGUGAAUCUCAACUAUGUCAUACAGGCUGUAAAAGCUUAUGAAGUUGAGGAAUAUGCAAAGAAAGAAGUGAAAGCAAACCUUGGUAGUCAGGGGAAAUCUGGGAAACCACAGCCAAAUAAUGGUGUUUUAAUGAAUCAGAACUGGCCGUGGGGUGGUCUUGAGGUGGAGGUGUUGAACCCCACUAACUAUCCUAUGAAUGCUUCGACCGUGGAGGAUCAGAUGGGUAUGACUUUCAUAUACGAUACCAGCUAUUCCAAUGACACUCUGACUCCACUUGAUUUCUUGGGUGGAUUCAUGACAAGCUACCCAACAGUGCAGCCAAACUUUGCCAUUGAGAAUUUGUCUAUUGACGAUCUCUACAAGAUCUAGUUGUAGCAUGUCAUCAUCAUCAUGCUACAUCUUAUGUUGUGAGUAAUAGUAUCUGUAAUGCAUCAAGUACAAAAUAAGCACAUGAGUGAAAAACUCCGUAAAUGUUGCUUUUGUGUCUGUAGUGCUUUCUUUUGGAUAUCCAUCCUACUCGACUUGUGGUCUCACAAUCCCUGUACAAGUCUUUUGGAAAAUGAUUCAAGUAAUCAAAUCACUAGUACUUGCAUC